CAUCGAGUAAUUAGUCAUACUUAAUACUGAGGUUUCUAUCCAUCAUAAUUUUGAUUUCACCUAGAAAGAAAGAAGUAUCAUACACUAUCAAUAAUUCCACUUCGUAUUCUUCCUCAAGUUAAGUCAUGAAAACAUAUCAAAGAGUACUUCUUGACAGCAUCUUGUUCUUUAUACUUCUGUUACAUAUAAUGAAAGUAACUACUGGAUUAACAUAUGUUAAUUCUAUUAUAUCUGGAAUACAACAUUGGACUAUUUCAAAAUCUCCGUAUAUAAUACAACACAAUGAUCUGUUCAUACAUAGAGAAGCUAAACUUAUCAUUGAUCCUGGAGUACAUAUUCUAGUCGGUGCUGGAUUAUCUAUUAAAGUUAAAGGGAUUCUAUAUGCAAAAGGAACUUCAGAUCAAAGGAUUGUAUUCACAAAAUGGGAUCCAGUAGCUACAAAUUUUUCAUUCCCUCAAAAGUAUUUUCCUGACACAACAAUGUCAUCCAAUGUUAAUACUUCACCUAAUGAACCUCAUCAAAAGAUUAGACUAGUAAAUGGUAGAAGUUUAAGUCAAGGUGAAUUACAAUUAUGGCUGGCUAAUAAAUGGAGAUCUGUGUGUAGUCAAAAUAAUCAAUGGAGUAAAGGAGAUUCUAGUCUACUUUGUCAACAAAUUGGUUAUGCUGAUGGAAAUUUCUCUCUCAGUCCGCAGUCUGUAAAUCGGACAUCAUAUGUAAAAAUUCUCAAUCCCAACUGUUCAGGCAAUGAAUUGGAUACUGACACAGGAGUGUUUUCAUGUCGUGGUCUCAGGGAAAAUGUUAUUUAUGGGAGAAAUGUUUGUUAUUUACAGGACUUGGUCAAUUUAAACUGUUGGGGUGUGAAUAGUAGACGUUUUGUGGGAUUCUGGAAAGGAAUUGAAAUUUUCAAUGCUACACAUAAAGAAAUUAGUAUUCCUGAAGAAUGGGGUGGAAGUCAAGGGAAUACGCGUUUAAAUGUUUCUGCUUCUAUUUUUGAAUAUGUAGAUAUCCAAUUUGCAGGUGUAAACCAAUCGCAUUAUCAUUCAGCUGCGCUAAGUUCGAGUCCUUAUCCGCCAGUAUUAAACAAUGUACACUUAGUACAUAAUGCCUAUCAUGCAAUAGAAUUUAGUAAAAUUCGUGGUCCAGCAAUACUUCAAAAUGUUACAACAAAUUAUAAUCAUGGACAUGGAAUAAAAAUCUCCUCAGUCAUGGGUUACGUCAGAAUGAGAAAUGUUAUUUCUCAAAAAAAUACAGGCAAUGGAAUAAAUAUUCGAUUAUUAAGCGGUUCACAUUAUCACUGGCCUGAAGAAACGCUAGAAUUAACUCACAGAGCAUAUUGGGUUUGUCGACUUGGUUCAAUACCAGCUAGUCCAGUAUUUCCAUUUCUAAUAGUUGCUGAACUGCCUGGGCCAACAUUCAAAACAGAUGGAAUGUGUGAAUUUCAUGUUGCUUCAGAUCAAAAAAAUCAAGUUAUAACAGUUACUCUACUUGAAGUUUUACAUGAUCCAGUAGCUUCUGGCAGAAUAGAAAUAUGGGAUACAUUUACAAUGAGUAGAAUUGCCAAUUGGUUAUUAGAUAAUCAUACAGUUAUAAACAAUUAUCACAAUAAUAAUAAUAAUAAUAAUAACAACAGUAAUCAUGAAAUUUCAAAGAAUGUCAAAUUAGGUCAACGCAUAGGCUCCGUGUACCAGGGUGUUUCUUCAGUGAGAAAUGCCAUCCUAAUAAAAUUUAUAUGGAAGAAAUCAACUGACAGAGUUGUCUGUUCACAAUUCGCCAAUUGUAUCCGUGCUCUGCUUCAUAUAUCCGUCGGUCGGACCACAUCAGCUGAAGUUAUUAUCAAAGAUUCUGUUGUUAGUGGAAAUAUUCAACACGGUUUACACUUACUUGAUCCAUGGACUUAUAUACAUCUAGAAAACAAUACAUUUCAAGAAAAUCAACAUGAAGCCGGUGUGAAAAUUGAAGGUGGAUCAGCAGACAUUUUUGUGAAUAAUAAUAGAUUUAUUGAAAAUCAAGACUGCGGUUUAAAUAUUAGUGUAGCAGGUGGAUUUAAACAAAUUAACAAUUCACUGUUCAAUAAUAAUUAUGGUCAUGGUUUAAUAGUAUGGAAUUUGAAUCAAACCAAUACGCCAUCACGUAGUUCAAAUGGCCCAUUGAAAACACACGUUCAUCUAUCUAAUUUUACAGGGAAUUAUUACGACGCAAUCCGUUUUUAUAAUUCAUGUCUAACUAUGGAGGUUCUAGUGAAUUUUACACAUUUUAUCAAAAAUCAACGUAAUGCAAUCAGGGUUUAUUCAUGCCUUUGCACAGAUGUCAAUACACUAACUAAUUUCACUGUAGCCUUUAGUCAUUUCAUUGCUAAUAAAGGCAAUUCAAUUAAAAUUUCACCAAUAAUUCAUAUGAUUGGAUCAAUUAUCAAUUCAACAUUUGAACAACAUCAACAUGGUGUAAUAUGGAUUGAUAAUUCUAAUGAUGAUAUGCUGAAAUCUCAAUUCUAUCGUCAUUUCCCUGUUGACUAUACAAUUAGUUAUAAUGAAUUUAUGCAUAACCAGGGUGCAUAUGUGAUUCAUUCACGGCUAACAGAAUCAUCUAAAUUACAACAUUUAAGUUUGGUGUAUAAUAAAUUUUUAAAUAAUCGUAUUCACAGUAAACAAUCUCUGCUUAAACCGCGUUCAACACAUCCUGGUGUAAUUGUAAUUGGUUCGUCAAAUAUACAUAUCUGUCGGAAUCAUUUGUGGAAUCCUGACUCUGAAAUUGAACUAGCUAGUCAUUUAUCUUCUCCAGAUAAACAGAUAAAUGCCACAUUAAAUUUUUGGGGAAAUUUGCAUGAAUGGCGUUUAGGUGAUUGGAGUAUGGUACAUAUGGCUGUAUUUAGUAGAAUAUUUGAUCAGAAUCAUCGUUAUACGUUGGCUAGAAUUUCUUAUCAUCCAUUACUAAAAGAUGUAAAUCUUAGAAGCGUGUUCACUACAGCUAAUGAACCACCAUAUGUACAAAGCUUUAUACAAACCUCAUUAAAAAGUGAUAUAGUCUACCUUGGUGGAAGAUUACCAGUUGAACAGAAUAAGCAAGUGAUUUUACCAGCAUUACCUGAUCCAAUGAAUUAUUAUCAUGUUACUAAGGACAUUUUUAUUCCACCAAUGGGAAGUUUAAUUAUACAUCCUGGGGUUAAAAUAUUCUUUGAUAUAGGUGUUGGACUUUUUUCACAGGGCGAGAUAAAACUUGAGGGAAGUUUGACUUCUCCAAUUAUAUUUGAUCUUUACACUCAAGACAACGAAUCUAACAAGCCAAGCCAUACUAUUUCAAAUCAAACCGAACUACUCAAUAAUAAUAGCAAUACUAUACGUCUGUCUGGUGGUCGUUGGUCAGUAGAUAACAACAGUUAUUACGGACGUUUAGAAGUAUGGAUUACAAGAGUUAAUCAAACUACUGGUUUAGAAUAUGCUAACUGGGCUGUUGUUUGUGAAGACGGCUUCAAUGAACAUGCAGCAAUGUUAACUUGUCUAAAUCUAGGAUUGGUUGCACACCCUAAAAGCUGGUUUCCCUCAGACAAUGAACGAAAAGCUUCCAUAAAAAGAGCAAAUGAUUUACUAAACAGCUCAAUGACUCAAAUGGAUCGUAUAUCCUAUAUCGAGUGUCAAGGUCAUGAAACUGAUCUAUUCGAAUGUGAAUUUGACAAUGAACCCAUUACCUAUUCAUCUAAUACAUGUUUCAAUUCAAUGGAUUUAGUAAUUCAAUGUCAUCGUCCCGGAUGGACUGGAAUACGUGUUACAGCUUCAGAUCCUGGAUCGCGAUCAACCAUUUCACAUAUUCACAUAAAUCAUGCUGGACUAUUGGACUAUGCAAGUUUAGAAUUUAUGCCAAGUUUACAGUUGGACUAUUUCGGUGGAACUAUAACACAUUUGAAAAUUACCAACAGUUUAUCUGAUGGCCUUGUUGUUCGCCACAGUGAUCCAUUAAAUGGUGUAACAGUGACUCAUAGUCAAUUUAUCAAUAAUUUCGGUUCAGGCAUAUCAACUCAUACUGCAUGGUUCAAGGUAAUCAACUGCCAAGUGACAGGCAGUCAAACAGAUGCUGGAAUUCAUUUCAAUCCAUCAAUGAAAACAAAAGAUCGUAUUUUAUUUCAUGGUGGUAUUGUGCCUACACUGACGUUAUUCAGAAAUUUCCAAGAUGAUAUAAGCACUUCCUCUAAUCACAGAAUGACAACAGUUAAAUCAUUACCUGAAGGAUGGAAUGUUGUAGAGGCUUAUGAGAAACUUCAUCCAACAGGUAUCACAUUUGUUAAUGUACCUGUCGGUAAAAGUAUUGAAAAGACAAUUUAUAGAACUGAGUUAUCAGCCAACGAUGCACAUCAUCUACAUCAAAUCAUUAUUGAUUUACUGGAAAUUCCACAAGGCAAUAUUCUUCCGACUAGUCAACAACAAGCUGACAGUUAUCCUAAAGCAAUUAUUGGUCCAUCAAUUACUCUGUCGAAUUCAAUUCUCCCAACAAUGGUUGACAAUAAUGACUAUACUUCUGAUGGCUUUACAAAAAAGACACUGCUCAAUGAAACAAAAGAAGAACUUAUUAUUUAUGAUUCAGGAUUUUCAAAUUUUAAUCCAUCUCAAGUGUAUAACUGGAGAAUACCAAGAGAUUUGACACAUUUUCCAAUUAUAUCGUCAACGAACAAAGUGAUCAUUGAAUUACGCGUUAAUGGAUUAAAAUCUGGUCAAUAUUUAUUUGCUAUUCAAACUAGAAAUUUACUGCCUCAUCAAGAUUAUUCAGAAAGACGGAUGAAUAAUGAACGCCUCCUUCAGUACACUUCUGUUUCGCAGAGACCACAAAUGAACUAUCUGAAUUCACGUUAUCUACUUAGACCAAGUUUUCGUGUGGAAAGUACACUUUUAGAAAAUAAUUUAAUCGGUGCUGUAUUAAAUCAUUACAGUGAUCCGUUGGACAGAUUUGGAAAUCAAUAUUGGCGUCAUACACAUGAAGAUUUCAGCUUUCGCAAUGUUAAAAUCAAAGGAAAUCAUUACACCGGUGUACAAAUCAACUCAAAAACACAAUUCACCCAUGAAUGGUUAUCUCCUCCAGAGAAUGCAGAAUUCAGACAGUCAGCUGAACGUCUCUCAUUUAUCAACUAUACUAUAACAAAUUGUGAAUUUUCUUAUAAUGCUUAUGGUAGUCUAUUAGUUCAACAUAAUCCUAUAGAAUUUGCGAAUAACAUUCUAUCUUUCUCAAUAACAGAUAACAAUUUCUAUCAAAAUGGUUUACUUAAUAAUGAAACAAAUAUGGACAGAUUUUUAAUAUCACCAAUGAUUAUUACACAUGGGUUAAGCAUUCAUCUACCGUUUAUCUCAAAUGAUUAUGAUUGGCGUGAUGAAUCUACUGCCUAUCCCUCAUCAUCAUCACAUUGA